AUGUGGUCCGAGUUUGCGGUGGUGGUGCUGGCGACGGUGGUGGUGGUCCAGGAUGCGGGAAAUGCCACUCUGGGCCAGGUGGUGGUGAACGCGGCACAGGUAAUGAAGACAGAACAGGUGGCAGAAGAAACGGGCCAGGUGGCACACAAACUGGACCAGGUGGUGGAAGACGCUGACCAGAGCGUGAAGAGGGUAGGCCAGGUGGUACAACAGGUUGUGGAGCAGUACUUGGCCGGGUGCCACCUGGUGGUCGUGACUCCCCAAGUACACUCGCCUGCCUUCACCGACAUCCUCAGGUGGCUGACUGCAGGCCAGCAGGCGAGCGUGGUGGUCGACUUGAGAACGCUUCUACCUGCAGGCCUCCACUACAACGACGCUGGCCAAUCCCUUGCCAACGACUUCACCUGGAAGCACCUUGUUGAAGGAGACGCCAAGCUCACCUGCAGAGCUCUCCUGCUAGACCUAACCUCUCAGUCUUAUACCGAGGUGCUUGAGUUCUUGAAGGAGGUGAAGCUGGAGCUGUGGCCCAAGACCAGAGUGGUAGGCGUGGGCUCCACCUCGCGGGCGUGGGAGGUGCUCAGCCACGCCAGUUUUCGCUACACCAUACACGCCCUCUUUCUAGCCGCCAAGCCUACGCCCUCUAUCUCCUCUUCAGCAGCUGCCGCCUGUGAUCGCUCGGGGGCGUGUGGAGGCGAGGUGUGGGCGUACUCCCGCUGCCUCUACUGCUCUGGGGGAAAGCCUGGGAUGCGCUUGGUUGGGACAUGGCGGCCUGGCCAAGGCUUCUCUCUUGGGCGCUCUCUCUUCCUAGAGGGCUUCGAGGACAUGAAGGGCGGGCUGGUGCGGGUGGUGGCCAAGGACUUCUUCCCCUUCAUGAAGUUCGACAGGAACACCGACGAGCCCGGCUCUGUCGUCACCCCGAGGGACAGCGUCGAUGUCCGGCUCCUGAAUUGCGUCGCCGAGGGCCUCAACUUCACGUACGAAAUACGAAUGGAUCUGAGAGACGAAUGGGGUACGGUAGACAACGGCACCUGGACGGGACUCAUUGGCACUGUGGUGGAGGACAGGGCCGACAUCUCCAUGAUGCUCUUCGAGUCGUACCCCAGGAGGCAGGUCAUCGACUUCACC